CAUCUAACCAUUUCCAACGCAGAUCAGCCCACUUUUUAAAAUCGGAAAGAGAAAGGAGCGCAUAGCAGCAAAUCUCCACGGAAAAAUCUUCACAAAUUCUCUGACCGGAACUCACAGAAGAUGCAUUACAGCCCACAAAUUGCUAUUCUCGAAGCAUUAACUUGUACACUCAUGCUUAUUUUUUACAUCUGGCAUUCAUGGCAUUAUGAUCGGUUCCAACCAAUGGUUCGAAGGAAGAACAAGAAGACGCUUCAUUCGGAUCCAGAACCGAGGAACUCCUUUCACUUGAUUAUGAGAUUUAUUUAUCUUCUUGGUUUGCCAGUCUACGCUAUCCAAGGAAUCACGGUUGCUUACAUCAAAUACCAAGUUGGUUUUCUACCAGUAGAGAUGGGUGGCUAUCCCGUACCGUACACCUCUUGGUCACCUAGCCACGUCCGAUUGAUAACCAUCAUUUAUUACUUGAAAGCCCUAGGUUGGUCGGGUGAAGGGAUCGUCCACCUGGAAGAGCUUGCUUUCUGGGUUUUCUUGAUCCAUCUCAAGGAGAACUCCCCACCUUGGUUUAAAAGUAAAUUCUUCCAGGCAUUCAUUUUACUUUCCCUUGCAUCUACCGGUACUAUGGUCAGUAUUGUCAGUGCUUUCAAACAGGAUGUGAUGUUGGCUGAAGGAAUUUUGAUGACAUUCGCAACUGGCUUUAAUCUUUCGGUCACAUGUGCAUUUUUCUGGGUGUUCUCGAAAUUUCCGGCUUGGUUGAGGGACUUGAAAAAACGAGGCGCACCCGCCGAACUGUUGAUAAGACUCCAUGGAUUUGGGACUCUAAACGAGAUUAGAAUGAUCUUUCGCCUAAUUUUUACAGCCCCAUUACUCGCGCUCUCAGCGGAUGGUCUCAUGCCACAGCCUUUCCUGAAUAAACGGGUCUGGGUUGUUGACCUCAUUGCUAUGACCUCGGUGGUGGCCUUUGCGGCUCAGGGCGUAAUCACGUUGUUGAUAUUUUUGCCGCGUAACUUGAGCAAAGAGUGCGGAUUUAACAUGGAAGACAGCAAAAGGCAAACUAAAGCUCCGUCGAACUUGGGGCAUAAUGCUUUGAAUCGAUCUUUCGACUUUUCCAGAGAGCGUUCCAACUCGAUAGAACAAGAAUUUUCGCCCUCUGCUUUACCAGAAAAUCCUUCAUCCCCUUCCACCACUAUAGUCGUCAACUGCAACGGCGAGAAGCCAAAAUCCCCUAGAUCCGACAUUUCAACACCCAAUCGGCCCACAAGCGGGACUUCUUCUUCUCAGCCAUUCAGCUUCUCUGAUCUUGGGCAAAAUGGAACAUCAGGUAUCAGUGAUCUAAACAACACUCCGUGCCCCCCGCCUUCAAGACAGAAAUCGUUCAUGAAGCACGAGAGAAGAUUUGCUAGAGCUUCUUCUUGCCGUCUUCAGCAAGAUCCAGUCAAGCCUUUCCCCCAAAUCACCAGUCAAGCGGCUAAAGCGGAUGCGAAAUCCAUUCCUGAAGACAGACUUGAGGCUUCACCACCUUGUGACUCAGAAAAGUUCUCGAACCUUCGCAGCGAAAUGAAGAGUCAUUCGGAGCAUGGAAACUUGAUUUCCUAUCCAAUAGCAUCGCCACUCACUCAUUUCCCCCGAUACUUUGCACCGUCUCAACCCCGAUCUUUGGAGAGCUGGGAGACUGAUCAGACGAUGUCAACGAUUUCUCCUCGCACAAAUUACCACCGACCUCCGCCAUCAUUGAGCCAGACAGAAUCUCAAUCACCCGAAAAUCUGAGUUCCAUUCAUCCUGCAAUCCGAAAUUUCAAAUCCCCAAUCAACAUAUGCAGCACCUCGUUUCAGGAUAAGGAAAGAACCCCGUGGAACGAUUGAAUGCAUCUUGAACUAUAGGCUUCGAUGCCAAAGGCAAAGUUUACGGAGGAAGGAAGCUCUGCGUCACAUAGAACAACGGGAGAUUUCACUUCAAAAUGUUGGAAAUUUAUGCACUGUGAUGCAGAAAAAAAAUGUACCAAGACUGCUCGUUCAUUGUAGAGGCCGGAAAUUGUCCGAUUAUCUCUUGGGUAGUCAACAGCUCUUGAUGACACCAUUCGAUACAAAUUAGGAUCGAGAUGCUGGAAAGGCUGGCCUAACCAUUAUCGCUCAUAUCUUUUGUCUUUAAUCUUCUCUUAAAUCUGUUUCAGAGAAACAGACAUUUGCCGAUCACAAGAUCAAGAGGUUUCAAUUCAAAAGAAAAUGUAAUCUUUAGAGAAUCUCUUUUGGCUCAAGCCAGCCCCCA